AUGUCCUUGAUCGAUGUCGGCAACAACCUCAACUCGCAAAUCCCAACCCCGGUCACAUACGUCGUCACCUCCGUCCUCUCCAUCGCCCUCUACAAUGUCAUCGAGCUCACCUUCCUGCUCUUCUUCACCUUCAAGCGCCGCGCGGGCCUCUACUUCUGGAGCUUCCUCUUCUCCUCCUGGGGCGUCGCCGUCUACUCAGUCGGCCUCAUCCUAAAGGACUUCCACGUCGCAGACAACAUCCCCGCCUUCUACGCCUCCCUGAUCGUCUUCGGCUGGUGCGCCAUGGUCACAGGCCAGUCGAUGGUGCUGUACUCGCGCCUACACCUCAUCGUACGCAGGCGCAUAAUCCUACGCUCCGUCCUAACCAUGAUCAUCGUGAAUGCAAUCGUCCUGCACAUCCCCGCCAUCGUGCUCUGCUACGGCGCAAACUCAACGUCCUACCCGCACUUCGUUUACCCGUACGCAGUCUUCGAGCGCAUCCAGGUGACGCUCUUCUUCGUCCAAGAGUCCAUCAUCUCUCUUUUAUAUCUCUACUACAUGUCCAAGCUCUUCUACAUGGGGGGCACACUGAGCGAAGCCCACGGACAGGCUGGGCGCCGUCUCAUGAUCCAUCUGAUAUACAUGAACCUUGCUGUCUUGGGCCUGGAUGUGUGUAUUCUGGUCCUGGAAUUCACGGGCCGCUAUGCGUCGCAGACGGCCGCCAAGGGGCUGAUCUAUAGCGUGAAACUGAAGCUGGAGUUUAAUAUCCUGAAUCGGCUGGUGGAUGUGGCAAGGCGGUCGAGUCAUUCGUCGGGGCCGGAAUAUGGCGAUGGUCCAGGUGCGCAGGACCAGCAUGGGCAUGGGCAUGAGCAUGAGGCGCAUGGGGUGAAUGUUUGUGGGCUUUGGAAAUGUACUUGUCCGUGGGCUUUGUUUGCGAGUAGGGUGAAGAAGGCGAUUGGGGAGAGGCGUGGCAGUGGAUGA